GGAUAGGCCAGCUACACUGAUGUGUGAAGAUGUCUGAGAGUUUGAAGAAGAGACUUGAGUUUCCCAGCACUCUUAUACAAGCGCAGGCGGUGAGAAGUCUGGUUACGACUGUGCUGAAGGAAAAAGGGCAAAAUGAAAAAAUCUCUCAGUCCUCCACACAGAGUCUGGCUCUGGAGGCCUUGUGGGACCAGUGCUGCAGUGACACUGGAGUGGUCCGCACUGCUUGCUGUGAGGCCCUGGUGCUGCUGGUGGAGCAAGGCCACGCUGAGCUGCACUACGUGCUCAACAGCAUUUUAAACCUCCUGCCCUCAGCCAGGAAUGUGCAGGGCCUACUAAAGGUGAUUGGGAAACUGCUCCAGAUUCAAACAAGUCAACAGGAUAAAGAAACCCCCUUCACAUGCCCCUACUCUAUCAGGAGUUACCCCCACCCUUACAUCACGGUGCUGGAGAAUCGUCCAGACUGUUGGCCCGCGCUGCUUCAGGAGAUUGAUGACUUUAUCCAGCAGGCUGUUGACAGAAAUGAGCCUGCUUACGUGGCCAUGUUGGCUCCUUUCCUUCGAUAUCUGUUCUGCGAACCUCAGCGACUGGCUGAGAAUGCCUUGCUCAGACACAGCAUCCUCCGCGUACUCCUGCCUAAGCGAGAGGAAUCCCGCCCCGACCGGGACCAAGGAUUGGGUUACCCCAACACGGUGGUGCUCCAAAACCUCAUACUGUGUCUCCUUGACCUGAUUCCUCACAUGCAGGUGGACAGCGCGAUGGCCGUGGUGGAGAUAGGCUGCUUGGCAGAGGCUGUGUGCCCGGCUCUGCUCUCCGACUCGGAGCUCUGGAGGACAGAGCGAGCCAAGCUGGCUUUGCAGCUGCUCUGCGCUUGCCAAGUCAGCCUGGAGCUGGGUGGGGAACUCCGUCCUCUCCUCCAUACCCUCCAGCAGCUUCUGCCUUCCUGCUCUGAGGACCUCCCAUCAGAGCAAACAAUCAUGGCAGUCUCCCUGCUCCUGCUUCGAGCUUCGACUUUGCACCAGACUGCCCUCCUGGAGCUCGCUGCAAAGAUAGUGCCCCCCGAAGAUGAGAAGCCUCCCUGGGGUUCCACACUGUUGGUGUUGCCCCUGUUGCAGGUGUUUGCCUCCUCCUCCCUGAUGGAGGCUUUGAUGGACACUCACACAAGGACGAGAAACCAGAACCUGGUCAAUUCACUGCUCCAAACGGUCCAGAGAGAGACCUGCGGACCAAAGCAGGUUAAAACUCAGCUGACGUUGCCUCUAAGCCUGUGGUACACUGAGCUACAGGUGAGCUCUGGCAUCUUACUCCGCCUCCACUCGAACCCCGUGGCCUCCUGCGAUUGGCUCUACUCCGUCCAGUCCGUCCUGCCCUUCUGCCAGCGUGUUCCAGACGCUUUGCCUCUCCUGGUCACCCACCUCAUCCUCACCGGCGAGAGCAACGUCUGCAGGUUGGCCCUGGACACGGCUGCAGCCAUUGCACAGAUCGACCCAGCUCAGGUCCCUUGUCUUCUCCCAGUCCUGAUGUUUAAAUUGAACAGGAUUUCUGAUCCAGCUCUGUCUCACUCUGUACUCUACACCUUACCAAAACUAGGAACCCACAAGUUUUGUGUGCCACAGGUUCUUCAUGUUCUCCAGACUUUGGGAAGCAACCCCAAACUGCGGGCCGUGUCUCUGCGUUUAAUGACUGCCCUGUGGGAAAAGGAGGACAGAGUGUAUCCUGACCUGCAAAAACUCAUGGCGGUCCUGGAAAAAUCCUCCACGGUGGUGGGGAAGGAGACGCAGUGGGAGCAGAUCUUGGCCAGAGCCGCCUGCGUGAGAGACAUCUGCCGAGAGAGGCCUUACCAGCAUGGGGGAGAUAUGCUGGCUGCUAUUUCUCACACUCUGGGCCAGUGUAGCAGACAGGAUCAAGCCACCCCGGCAGCCAUGGCCCUACUGGCCCUCCAAGAGCUCUGUCGAGCAGAGGUGGUCGAUAUUGGUUCCACAUGGAAAGCCCUUUCACCCAAACUGAGCUGUGACUCCAGACCCCUGGUGUUGAAGGCUACGGCGGAGCUGCUGGCACUGGUGCCCCACUUGAAUGUGAAGACAGAGGAGUAUGAGAAAUUCCGCAGUGAAGCUGUCAGUAUUCUUUGGGGAUACGCUUUCAAUCGGGACCCAGAGGUGGCUAGCAGUGGCUACAAGGCACUCUCGGAGUUCCCAGAAUCAUGUCAUUCUAUUUUACACCUCCCUGAGCAAGCGAGGCCGCUGGUCAAGCAGCCAGACAAUGAAGAUGAAGAGACCCAAGAGGCCGAAACAGAAAAAGAUGAAGAGAAAGAUGUCUCGGUACCAGGAACUUCUUACGUAAAGCUGAUUGGUCUCACACCAGGAGCAGUGCUACCAGCACUUGAAAGCUUCCUUACUUCAUUGGUUAAGCAGGAGAUGAGCCAGAUGCCUCGUGGAGUGUACCACUCUGCCUUGAGAGGGGGGAACCUCCGCUCAGACCAGGGAAAAACUGUGGCUGGCAUCCCAGGUUUCAUGCUGAAAACCUAUGAGAAGAACAAACAGCCGGGUCUGAAACCUGGCCUAGCAGCCGGCCUUCUACUUUGUUACGAUCUGCCUGUGCAGACUGACAGAGAUGGACGACCAAUCAACCGCUUCCUCGUCAGCAGAGGGCGGAGUUAUCAGCAAAUGAUAUCUGCCCUCAUUCAUGAGGUGAACAUUCAGCCAUCUGAAUGGCAUCGCUCCCUCCUCCUGCCCCAGGCCUGGAGAGGCUUCAUGAGUCGGGCUUAUCAUGCCGUCCUACAGGGUCGGAGAGCAGAGCUGGAGAUGCAACAGAAGCAGGGAAAGGAGAGUCCAGAGGAACUACAGUACAAGCAACACUGUGCAUGGCUGUGGGUCAGGGACCAGCUAACUGAUGUUAUCAGGUCUGCAGCAAAAGACAGUUCUGUGGUUCAGGGAAACUCCAUUUUGGCUCUAACUGGCCUAGCAGCAGUCCUGACCAAGUACGAGAGCAGUCUUCCAACAGAAGCUGAGGAAGGGCUUGAGGUUGGCCCAGAGAUCCUUCCGACAGCUCAUUGGCUGUCCAUGGUGAUUGACACUCUGCUGUGCAUCGUGAGCACCAGUUAUCGUGCCAAAGGCCAGGUCUUCCCCUGGUUCCUUCAUCGUUCCUACUCUGGAGGGAAUACCGCCAGCGUUAUCGCCCGCUCCUGUGCCGCUCUGGGCCUGUCGCUGCUUGUUCCCGUGCUGGUCACCUCCCACAGGGACAGCGUACUCGCUAUCUUGGACAUAUUGGGGAUGGGUCUGCCGGGUUCACGGGGGGCGGACGAGUCCCAGGCGGUGCAGUUCCACACAGGCCUGGCCCUGGGCAUGUUUCUAUCCGCCUUGCAUGAAGAGAGAGUCAGUGACAUUUCUGGACAAACAACUGACGAGCUCCUUACGGGACCUCUGGAUUCUCUGGAAGCCUGUUGCUUCAACCCCAAUCUGGAGUACAAUGCUGGCUGCGUGCUGGCUGUAGGCCUUGUUUUGAGCUCUCUGAGCUCCAGCAGUCAGGUGGCGCAUCGCGGUCGUGUGGCCCUCACCCAGGACAGGCUGUUAAAGGCCCUGCAGGAGAGCAGCAACAUGGGACGCAUGCUGCAGGAGGUACUUGCUUAUUCAGUGGCCUGUGUAGGAGUGUCAAGCUUCAGCGCUGGUAUCUCUGACGCCAGUAAAGCUGAGGAGAUCAUGAAUACACUGCGCGCCAUGACAGAAGAGAGCCAGCAGACUCCAGGUUUUGCCUUGGCUCUUGGACUAAUCAUCCACGGUCUGUCCUCCUGUGGCCAUGGCAAAGCAGAAGACCUUUACCCACGUCUGUUGGCUGCUUGGACCAAAAUACUUUUGGCAGAGGGCUGCCCUACCAUGCAGAGGUUAGCUGCACUCAAUGGUCUAAUCGCGCUGGUGGGAUCUGAAAGUGCUCUUAUUCAGCUGAAGAGCGAGUCAGAACAGUCGUCCCAGCAGCAGUCUCGGCUGAAUGAAGUCAUCAGAGCCAUUACGCAGGUCAUCACUUUUUCGGGAACGAUAGGGCUUCAGUCGAACGGUGCUUGCCUAGUUGGGCACCUGCAUUUGGCGCACAUGUCCAGUAGCCACAGCAGGACUGCAGUGCCUCAGGACUUCAGUUACCUGCCCGAACGGAGUGUCAUCAGAGCCAUUGUUGAUUACAUCACCGAAGCUGGAAGGAAAGGGCCUGAGUUUACCCACCCCAGUUUGGUGAAAGCAGUUCUAGGACCACUGGCAACUGUGGGCGGAAACUUCCAGUAUCCUCCUGUCAACUGGAGUGCCAUCCUCUCUCCUCUAAUGAGACUCAAUUUUGGCGAGGAGGUGCAGCACCACUGUGUCGAGCUGGCCGCCACCCAGGCCCAGUCAUCCCAGAGUGCCUCGCUGUUUUUGGGCGUGUGGCUCGCCCCCCCACUGGUCCACAGUCUGAGCUCACGGACCAAGGCUCACCUGUACGAAUGUUUGGGUACAUGGAUGAAGCAUGUUGCUGAUGACAAGCUGCAGGUGUAUGUGGAAAGCCUAGCCGUGCAGCAGUUUAACCCAGACACCCGCGGCCAGCGCCUCCCCCUCUGUCAGUCCGUCCUCCGUGGCCUGGCCAAGGCCAUGGCCCUCCCCAGUCCUCCCCAGGGCUGCUGGACCAGCCUGUGCUCCACCACAGAGAAGAUCUUCUCCCUCCUGCCAGACCGUAUCCAGGCCAGUGAAGUGGAGCUUUACGAGGGAAUCUCGUCAUGUUUGUCUGAACUGAGCGAUACAGAGAUAGACAGAAUCACUAAAGUCUCAGAGACCAACCUUGAAAAGACAGGUUUUAUCCUGGCCUACUUAUGCUCCCGGGGUAGAGUUCCCCUCCUAGGCCUCAAUGACAUCAUCAGCACCGCCCUUAGAACCGCCAACAAGGAACCAAUAGGAUGGCUGCUCACGCAAUGCUUCUACCAAACACGUUUGACUUCCGGUUCAAACACAGGCGUUUCCAGAAGAAUGGAGUGGCUUCUGGAGCUUAUGGGACACAUCAGAAAUGUUGUGUAUGGAGCAGCAGACGUCAAAUGCAGUAGUGUCAAAGAGGCGACAGACUUCCUGCUGUGCGUGUUUGCUGCCGCGUUGGUUUCCUGGGCCGACCACUCCAUGCCGCUACUGAUUGGUGUGAGGGCCCAGUGGUUUCCAUGGAGACAGUGCUCGAAGCAACCUCUUUUGCCCUGUGGCCUAUAUGGUGACCCUAUUAUCACUGAGCAGACAGUUUCACAGUGCCUGGUGGGACUGCCAUACAGCGUAAAGCGACUGUUAGCCAAAGAGCCAUGGAAGUCCCAAACACAAAAAUUUAUCGACUGGCUCUUCAGCAUUGCUGAAGGUCCAGCACAAAGCCUUUCAGACACAGCCGUCUGUAGUGCCAAAGCUUCUUUACUGGCGCUAAGAUCACUCCCAGAUUUCAAGAAGAAGGCUAUGUGGACCAGAGCAUACGGCUGGUAACCAAAGCAGACUGCGCAAGUGCCAACCAUCCAUCGCGCAAGCACCACUGAACCGCUUCGCCGCACGCGCUUACGGUCAGCUACAGACCGCAGCUGAUUGACGGACGGAGAAAGGAGAACACCGGGAAGGCUCCGAUACAGCCGACGCGCAAAAAAAAGUCACUGUCGUUGACUUACACGGUCUUCUUAAACGUGACGUGUGUCAAAAGCCUGAUCAAAGCCGUAGCUUUCGUUAUAGUGUAUAGAUAACAUGUACAGCUUUGCUUCCAUGAAUUUUGGGGGG